ACGGGCGCGGGCUGCCCGGGGGGCCACAGCUAUUAAUACCGCGGCCGCCCAGCCCGGGUCGCGCAGCCAUGGCCAGCCCGGAGCCCCGGCGCGGCGGGGACGGCGCCGCCAAGGCCGCGAGGAAUACAAGAGCAGAGGCCACUUCUCUGCAAGAGGAGAACUCUGAAUCCCCGUAUGAGGUGGGGACCUGGAACCCAGAAGUUACUCUGUCUUUGGAAGGGACCUUGAACUUAGAGGAUAUUCUCUACCCGGGGGACACAGGUAACUUUGAUGUGGCUAUGUAUGUGGAAGAAACCGAGAAGCCUGAGGAGACGCUGCAUAUUGAGGAGACCAGGACGCCUGAUGAGGCCCUGUAUGUGGAGGAGCCAGGAAAGCCAGAGGAGAUGCUAUAUGUGGAAGAGCCCGUGAAGCCGGGGAAGACUACAAGCCCAGAGCAGAUGGUUUAUGGGGGAGAGACAGUCCCGAGUGAGGAGAAACCUAACCCCGAGGAGAGCCUCAGAGCUGGGCCGAGUCCCAGCACAGAGGGGAGGCUGAGCACAGAGGACCUGGAAUUGCUGGAGGGGCGUUUCCAGCAGUGUGUCCAAGCCGUGGCCCAGCUGGAAGAGGAGAGGGAUCAGCUCAUCCAUGAGCUUGUGUUGCUCCGGGAACCAGCCCUGCAGGAGGUGCAACGGGUCCACCACGACAUCCUGGCUGCCUACAAACUGCACGCCCAGGCAGAGCUGGAGAGGGAUGGGCUGAGGGAGGAGAUCCGACUGGUCAAGCAGAAGCUGUUCAAGGUGACGAAGGAAUGUGUGUCCUACCAAUAUCAGCUGGAGUGCAGCCGGCAGGACGUGGCCCAGUUUGCCGAGUUCCGGGAAGUGCUGACCGCCCGGGCAGCCCAGCUCUCGGAGGAAUUAGCCCAGCUUCGGGAUGCCUAUCAGAAGCAAAAGGAGCAGUUACGGCAACAACUAGAAGCACCUCCAAGCCAGAGGGAUGGGCACUUUCUCCAGGAGAGCCGGCAGCUCUCUGCCCAGUUCGAGAACCUCAUGGCAGAGAGCCGCCAGGGCCUGGAGCAGGAGUAUGAGCCUCAGCUGCUGCGGCUCCUAGAGAAGAAAGAAGCUGCGGCCAAAGCUCUGCAGAAAAUCCAGGCCGAGAUCCAGGAGAUGAAGGAGGCUCUGCGACCCCUGCAAGCAGAGGCCCUUCAGCUCCAGCUACAAAACAGGAAUCUGGAGGACCAGACCACCCUUGUGAGGCAAAAACGAGACGAGGAUGUGCAGCAGUACAGGGAACAGCUGGAGGAAAUGGAAGAACAACAGAGGCAGCUAAGAAGCGGGGUGCAACUCCAGCAACAGAGGAACAAAGAGAUGGAGCAGCUAAAGAUCAGCCUUGCUGAAGAGCUCUCAACGUACAAGGGCUGUUUAGAAACAUAUGGCCGAAUCUGUAACCAAGACACAACAAAAAAAACUUCUUAGCAAAGGAUCACUGAGUACCCUUUGGACAUACUUUUUUCUAAACAGAGAAGGGAGUGCCAGGGAUUUGGCAAGCAGUUCACUCUGGGAAAGUUACAAAUACUGGCUGACCUGUUUAAAAAGAUUCUAGGGCUGGCUGGAGGCAGAAUACUAUCAGUCAACUCUUAGCUGGAUUCUAUUUCAUAGGCUGCUGGUACUGAUUUCAAUGCACUGAGAAAUGGAAAAAUAAGUCUCCUGUAACCCAUCAGCAACCCUCCACACGCACAAAGUAAAGGAAGAAUGUAUGGACACACCUUGCUGUAUUGUGAAGAAUGUAUCUUACCUUCUGUUGACCCAAAGCAGAAAGUUUUUCAGACACACAGGUGGAGUCAAAAAGGCAGACGAUUUUCCUUAUAUUCAAGUUGACCCCUGAACAAUGUGGCGGUUAAUCUGCACAUAACUUAGUUGGCCCUCGGUAUCUGAGGUUCCUCCACAUCCACGGACUCAACCAACCACUGCAGGUAUUUACUAUUGAAAAGUAUGUUGUAAGUGGACCUAUGCAGUUCAAACC